AUGUCGGAACCAUCUUCGGACCACCUAACCGCCGCGGGCGAGGAAAGUACGCCCCUCGGAAGCAUGAAAUUCAGUGCAUCAGGACCCUAUCAUACCCCUCAAGGCGGCGGGAGCGGAGGCGAUAUUUUUACAAGCAAAUUCCGGAAAGUACGCCUUCCAAGUUUCUGGCAAAAGGACUCACGCUUAUGGUUCGCCCAGCUAGAGAGCGAAUUUGUUUUCUACCGCAUAUUCUCUGACAACACCAAAUUCAGCGCUAUCGUUCGCCAUCUGGAUGAACAAACAAUGCUGGCAGUCGCCGAUGUUAUUGAAAAUCCACCAAACACAGAUAAGUACAAGACUCUUAAAGACACUUUAAUAGCACGCUUCACAGACUCCGAAGAGAAACGAUUACGACUUCUUAUAGCCGGUGUUGAGCUAGGUGACAAGCGCCCCUACAGCGUCUUCCAUCACGUGUACAAGAAACUGGCUGUCGUAGAAGGAGUUUCUCUUGACAAACUGGCUGAACUUGCCGACAAAGUGUCCGAGCGCAAUAAUAACGCCGUAACAGCUGCCGUCGAAGUAAUUCCUCAACAACAAUCCCAGAUAUUAACUGAUCUUGUCAAGAAGAUGGAAGCACUAUCAAUCCGUCAACCAAGAAGCCGCUCUAAAUUCCGACGCCGAAGCAAAAGCCGCUCAAGACAAGAUUCGAAAGAGAACCAUAAUCCUGAAAAAGCAAGUCUAUGCUAUUAUCAUAAACGUUUUGGCGCGCAAGCACGUCGAUGCACCCGUCCUUGCUCAGCCGAAAAAAAGGUCCUCGCUCUCACGGAAAACUAA